AUGGGAUUUCUGAGCCAAGACCAAGAGCUCUUCCGUGUCGACGACUCACACACUGCAGAAGUAGCAACGAAGCACAAAAAGACUAUCCCCCUAUACAUUGGCCUGACAACCGGUUUCUGCGGCAGUCUCACCUCUUUCUCUACGUUCAUUCGUGACGUGUUCCUCGCUCUUUCCAACGACCUGACCGUACCCCUUGGAUCUUACUCCGAUGUUUCGCUGUUUGCCUCAGCCCCGGUCGGAGCUAGUGCCCCCAAUGGAGGUUUCAGCUUUAUGGCCAUAGUCGCGGUGCUGUUCGUCGAGAUUGGGUUGUCGAUUGUCAGUCUCUUUCUAGGGGCUCAUCUUGCAAUUGGUAUAUCUGCUUGGAUGCCCAAUGUCUCACAGCGCUGGGUGCGCAAAUUUCUGGAUCCCUCUGUGUUCAUACUAGCUGUUUUAUCGUGGGUAGCUGUGAUUUGUCUUGCAGCGUUACUACCCCGAGGCUUAGGCAGAGUCACUCUUUGGAGUACGGAUAUGUGGAGAGGCCCAGUUAUAUUUGCUUUGGUCUUUGCCCCACUUGGUACCUUGGUUCGGUUCUUUGUGUCCUUGCAACUAAACAGCCGUAUCGCGGCAUUUCCACUGGGGACAUUCGUUGCUAAUCUAGGUGGUACAAUGGUGCUGGGAAUGGUGUACUCGCUACAACAUGCUUCAUCCAGUGGAGCAAGCUUUGUUGGUUGUCAAGUACUGCAGGGCAUCAUGGAUGGGUUCUGUGGGUGUCUGACAACUGUGAGUACAUGGGUUUUGGAAUUAUGCGGGCUUCGCAAGAGACACGCGUACUUUUAUGGGACUGUGAGCGUUGUGGUCGCAUUAUGUGCACUUGUUAUAGAGAUUGGAAGCUUGAAGUGGACUACAGGACUUGAUUCGCCCUCAUGUUUCAGAAAUAUUUAG